GAGAGAGAGAGAGAGAGAGAGAGAGAGAGAGAUGUCAGUAGAGAAAGCAAGCUGUUACUUGCCCAUUAAGUUGACACACCUUCACAAGUGAAAGGAUCAACCUGAGGACUUGCGAGAAAGAGAACAUACUAACAUUAUUUCUUCUCCAUUAAACACCAACGUCCAUGAAGCAAGAUGGCUGCCUUAAACAUUUCCAGCUUCAACAACAACACUUCUCAAUAUCAAUGCAAGUUUAAUGAGGACUUCAAGUACAUCUUACUUCCUGUCAGCUAUGGGUUGGUGUUUGUCAUUGGCUUGGUGCUCAAUGUCACUGCACUGUAUUUCAUUUUGUUCCGGAUCAAACACUGGAGCCCGAAUACUAUCUAUAUGAUCAACCUGACUGUGUGUGACACACUCUACAUCCUCACACUACCAUUCCUGAUCUACUACUAUGCUGACAAAAAUGACUGGCCUUUCACUGAAACUUUCUGCAAACUUAUACGCUUUCUCUUCUAUACUAAUCUGUAUGGUAGCAUCCUUUUUCUCAGCUGUAUCAGCAUUCACCGCUUCCUUGGAAUUUGCCACCCGGUUCGAUCAAUGAAGUGGGUUAAUGCCCGCCGUGCUCGAUCCGUCUCAGUCCUGGUUUGGCUAAUUGUUCUCAUCUUCCAGGCACCAGUGCUCUACUUUUCCCGAACAACCAAUCAAGUCUGCCAUGAUACCACAUCCCAGGAUCUGUUUAAUUACUUUGUGGUCUAUAGCUCAGCCAUUUCAGUCAUUUUUUUUGUGAUACCCUUUGGAUCAGUGUUAGUCUGCAAUGGCCUGAUGGUGCGAAAACUUAUAGAGCCCACCACCAUAGGAGGAGCCACAUCUCAGCGCUCCAAGCAAAAGUCAGUGAAGAUGAUAGUCAUAGUGCUGUUGGUUUUCAUACUCUGCUUUCUGCCCUUCCACCUCACAAGGAGUCUGUACUACAGUUUCAGAUACUUCAAAGUAAACUGUAUACUGUUGGAGGGUUCUAACAUAGCUUACAAGGUCACAAGGCCACUAGCCAGUGCGAACAGCUUUAUCGACCCCAUCCUGUACUUCAUGGCAGGACAGGGUUUCCGACACAGCCUAACCAAGAAAUACAAACAAUCUCAGAGACAGGGGGACAGCAAGUGCCCCUCGACCCCUUUAUGAACAAUUUAUUUGGAAUCUGAAGGACAAAUAAAUGCGAUGGAGUCAAGUUAGAAAGCUAUAAAUUGCAUUAAAAUGCUGUCAUGACUGUGGGCUAAAUGGAUGCAUAUUUGGAUGAACUUGGGUGUCUCCAAUCUGUCUAUAACAUUACAUAAAUGCAGUAAGGAUACAAUGAAAAUGAGAUUAAUUCAUAAUAUGACUUUACUUCCAAUUAUUCUCUGGUUUAGAUUUUUCUUGGGAGAUGUAAGUUUUUGCUUGAUGAGAAAGGAGCCACUGUUUUGAGCUCUUGAUCAGGGGUGUUCAUGCGUUCUUUUCUUGGAAUGUAUACUUUUACAUUUGUAAAAUGCAUUGGAUAAAUGCAAUCUUAAACAUGUAAAUAUUGAAAAGUAUUAAAAUGCUUAAAAUAAAGCUUUGGAUAUAUUGAGCUUGUCUGAAGACAAGACUGGAAGCAACCAGGAAACCUUUCUUGGUGAAAGAUUUUUAUUUUGUUAUUUUGGGUGUAGGGAGUAUGGAAGUGUUUAAGGGAAAUGAAAAAAAAAAACCUUUUUUAUUAAAUGGGUUACUAGGAUUCUUUAUAACUCUUUCUAACUCCAAAGUUUGAAAACAAACCUGAUUAAGACAAUUGCACACAACUUUAUUGUUCAUUUUAUUUUGUUGCUAAUGAACAUCAUCUAAAAUAUGGGUAAAAAAGCAAAUAUCACAGAAACAUUGAUGCUUACAAAAAAGAAAGACCACAAUUACUGUAUGCAUGGCAGUAAAGAUUUCACUUUCAGGAUGUUGUUUGAAAUGAUCUCUCUGACAUUGAAAAUAAAAUG